UAGUCUCACAGCUCCAGCGGCUGGGAAACACACCCGUCAGCAACGCGCUUUGGAGUGAGGAGAGGAAAAAAACGCAUCACGGACAAAGGAAAAAAGAUGGGUGCACCGUGGAGCGUUGAUUUCAUCUGGGCAGCGCGAUGGAUGAGCCGCUCCUCUUACAUUCACUGGGAGACCAAUUAGUCCACCUUAAUGAGGUGCUGGGAUGCGAGAUACUGCAAGCAAAAAAGGCGGAAGGCUGCGUUUAAUCCGUCUGAGGAUCCUGUGAGCUUGCCAUGGCUGUGACGGGGACAUGCAACUGGACAGGGAGGAAUGUGCCUUUUUAUUAUUUUGUGCUGUUUUCCUUAUUUUGUGGCCUUGCGUUUGGACAGUUGCAGUAUUCGAUAACAGAAGAACUGGAAAACGGAGCUCUGGUAGGUGAUCUGGCGCACGAUUUGGGGCUGGAUAUUCGAAGGCUCUCCACCCGUAAGAUCAAGUUAACCUCCAUCAGUGGGAAGCGGUACGUUGUUGUCAACCCUAAAAAUGGGAAACUGCUGGUCAAUGACAGGAUCGACAGAGAGGCGCUGUGUGAUUCACCCAGCCCCUGCAUCAUUGAUCUGGAGGUGAUGGUAGAAAAUCCUACAGAGGUGCACUAUGUCAAGGUGGAGGUUUUGGAUGCAAAUGACAAUGCGCCGCAGUUCCCCAGAGAUGAGUACCAACUGGAAAUAAUUGAAUCUGCUAUGCCGGGAUCUCGUUACCCGAUUGAAAACGCCCAGGACCCAGAUGUUGGAUCCAAUUCUGUCCGCAUGUAUCAGCUCAGCACAAACGAGAAUUUCGCGCUGGUAUCAAACAAGCCCUCCCUUAACACAAAGCACAUAGAGCUAGUCCUUAAAAAGCCCCUUGAUCGUGAGCAGACGCCUUACCACCAGCUAAUUCUAAGUGCUGUGGAUGGUGGAAUACCUGAAAAAACAGGGACAGCCAAAAUCAAUAUCCGGGUCCUGGACUCAAAUGACAACAAUCCUGUUUUUGACAGUUCAGUCUACAAGGUGAAAUUGUUUGAAAACUCCCCCAAAGACACGCUGGUGAUCAAACUAAAUGCAACAGAUUUGGAUGAAGGCACAAACGGAGAGGUUUAUUACUCUUUCAGUAGUUACACCCCUGAAAGAGUGAGACAGAUGUUUAGCAUGGACACCAAUACAGGUGAAAUAAGAGUGAGGAGCAAUGUUGACUAUGAAGAGACCAACUCGUAUGAGAUGUACAUCCAGGCAAUGGAUAAAGGCCCGGGAGCUGUUGCAGCCCACUGUAAGGUGGUUGUGGAGGUUGUGGAUGUGAAUGAUAACGUCCCUCAGAUAGUGCUGUCAUCUCUCUCAAGCCCUGUGAGGGAAGACGCACGUGCAGAUACAGUUGUAGCCCUCAUUAGUGUCACUGAUCGGGACUCUGGCACUAACAAGCAGGUGACCUUAGAGAUCCCAGCAGGCCUUCCAUUCAAGAUCAAGUCAUUCAGAAACUACUACACCCUGGUUACCUCAGCCUUCCUGGACCGCGAGACCACUGAUGCCUACAAUGUCACUCUGAGUGCCACGGAUGGAGGAAACCCUCCUUUAUCUUCCCAGAAGACGAUACAAGUGGAUGUUGCGGAUGUUAAUGACAACCCGCCACGCUUUGAGCAGACUUCAUACACAGUAUAUGUGACUGAGAACAAUGCCCCUGGGGCCUCUUUGUGUACUGUGAAAGCUCAAGAUGCAGACAUCAAAGAGAAUGCACGCAUUACCUACACUGUGCUCAAUGACAACAACCACGGCAUUCCUGUCACCUCAUAUGUGUCUGUGAAGGCCGAUACUGGGGAGGCUUAUGCCCUGCGAGCCUUCGACUAUGAGUCACUGAGAGAGUUUCAUUUCCAGGUCAAAGCCCAGGACGGGGGCAUUCCUCCACUAAGUAGAGUUGCUACUGUCUACAUCUACAUUAUGGAUCAGAAUGACCAUGCUCCACUAAUAGUAAGUCCUGCUGGCAAUGGGACACGCUCCUUAGAGACAGUUCAAAAGAAUGCAGAGCCUGGUGCCUUGGUGACCAAAGUUGUGGCAUAUGAUGCUGAUGCUGGUCCAAAUGCUUGGCUGGUCUACGUACUGGAGACAGCCACUGACUUGGACCUGUUCAAAGUGCAUGAGCACACUGGAGAGAUCCGGACAACCCGGAGAAUCCUGGAGGACAACUCCACCUCUUUUGCUCUUACAGUUUUGGUAAAAGACCACGGAGAGCCAGUUCUUUCCUCUACUGCCACUAUUAAUGUGGCAGUCAUGGAGGUGGCACCAAAAGUUGCACCUGAUACCAAGAAGGUAAUGCGACCUCAUGCCACGCUGUUUUUCUCAAACGUUACUCUUUAUCUUAUUGUGGCUUUGAGCGCCACAACAUUUGUAUUCUUGGUCACCGUGGUGGUGCUUGCCAUUGUCCGUUGCCAUGCUUACUGCACCCAGCCUGGUUCCUGUUCUCCUUGCUGUGGCUCACAGAAGCCUCCCCCAGAUGGUGGAAACAGCAGUGUCAGUGCAGGCGGGGGAGGUGUCGGAGGGGCCGCAGGACAGCCUAAUAACAAUGUGGUGCUUCGAAGAGACCUGAAAGUGGAGCCUCAUUACAUUGAGGUGCGUGGGAAUGGCUCACUGACAAAAACCUACUGCUACAAGACCUGCUUGACUGCUACUUCUGGCAGCGACACCUUUAUGUUUUACAACACGGGUCGGCCAAUCAGUGGCACCUGGGGUAGUGGUGCUGACCGUUUCUUCACUAGUGGAAGUGGAUUUGUACGGAGACUGAGUAUGCCUGAUGCUUCUCUUCAGAUCUGCCCAGAGCCAAAAGCUCCGAAUGCUGACUGGCGAUAUUCUGCAUCAUUGAGGGCAGGGGUGCAGAGUUCUGUCCACAUGGAGGAGUCCUCAGUGAUGCAGGGCGCCCAAGGGAUGCUGGUCCAGAACUGGCCUACUGUCUCCAGUGCUGCAGAUGGAGAGGGGGGUGGAGAACUCUCACCCCCAGUGGGUGCUGGAGUCAACAGCAAUAGCUGGCACUUCCGAUAUGGCGCCGGACAAGGCUACAUCCCUCCUCAACCCCUGAAACCUGGGGAGAUUCCCCCUGAAGCCUUUAUCAUCCCCGGAUCUCCAGCCAUCAUUUCCAUCCGCCAUGACCCAGGCCCUGUGGAUGACAAAGGUGACUUCAUUAGCUUCGGCAAGAAGGAUGAGGCUAAGAAGAAGAAAAAAAAGAAGAAAGACAAGAAGGACAAAAAAGAUAAGGGAAAGGAUGACAGUGGCGAUGAUUAGGGGGAAAAGUAGGUGACCAAAAAGCAGAGCUACUACAUACUGUAAUCUAUCGUCCCAGUUCCAGAGCCAGAAAAAUAAACCAAAUGCACAAUGUAACCAGGGGAACCAUGUUUGCAUAGACUUUGUACAGUGGCCAGAAGCUCAUUUGAUCUGCUUUGGCUCCCAUAUUACCCGAACUACAAAUAUUCUUAAUCCAAAGACUGGACCAAAUUCAAACAAAAAAAAAAACA